CGAGGGUGAAUAAACGGAUUGUGUCAAAUUGUCAAUUCGCUUCGCGUCUUAUUUGUUUCGAGUUUUUGCUCUUGUAUUUUUUCGUUUCAAUUCUUAUUAAAUAUUUCACUUGGAUAUGAGAUCUGAUAGUGUGUAAUAAGUGUUUUAAAUUAUUCUAAUAUUUUUCAAAUGUUCCAAUAUUUGUCGGCAUUAUAGGUUAGAGAUAUUCGUCAUCAAAAUAACGUAUGUGUAAUGAAAAAGUUAUUUUUGGAAAGUAAUAAUUUGAAACAAACUUCAUUCAGUGCUUAAAAAGUGUGAAAUUUAGAACUUUAUAUUACGCACCUGGAAAGAAAAUGGGUCUGAUAAUAUCUAGAUUUCGCCGCAAGAAAACAACGAUAGAAGUUCUCGAUACCCUCGAAACGAAGAUCAAAAGUAUAGAGCAAGAUGGUCAAUACAAGGAGCAGACACACAAGAGGGUCAUCGGUUACGUCAUGGCGUACUCCGUGGGCCUAUACGUCCUGUUCGCGGUGCUCUACUACUAUAUGUACGCUGGGAGAAGCCAGCACUGGGUACAUUCCUUGCUGUACGCUUCGCCGCUGUUGAUCCUGCCUGUUCUCGUGAUAUUCCUCCGAUCGGCGAUAUCGUGGUACUAUAAUUGGACGCUUAACAAGAAUCGUGUGAAAUUGAACAAAAUGAGAGAAGAGAAGAAGAAGAUUCUAGAAGAUGUCAUGAACACGGAGACGUAUAAGGUUGCAAAGGAGAUAUUGGAUAAAUACGGAGGACCAGAGGAGCAGUCUAAAGCAAGCAAGCCGUUUACAUCAUUCAAUGCCUCCAGUAACACGACUAGAACCCCACCAGCGACUCCAGUACAAAUACGACCAAGAUUAGCGAUACAGAACUCGACGCCGAUAACGAAUAAUAAUCUUAAUUUAGUUCCCGUUAACGCACCAACGGCUCUGUACAAGGGACCGCGACUGAGGUCGGACCAGCUGCCGAGACCGUUGCCGGAUAGCCACCGCUCUGCUCUGGAUAAAGUGGUGGACUAUCUUCUAAAAGACGGACCGAAUCAUCGCAUGGCCCUUAUCUGUACUUCUUGUUUCUCACACAAUGGGAUGGCGAUGGCGGAGGAGUUCGAGUACGUGUCGUACGUGUGCGCGUACUGCGGGCAGCUGAACGCGGCGCGCAAGCAGCGCCCCGCCGCGCCGCUGCUGUCGCCCGCGCGCGCGCUGCCCGCGCCCCGCCCCCUCGGUAGUGGCGACGACUCUUCGAUAGCCAGUUCAAGUGACAGCGAAGAUGAGAAAAAUAGUAAUGAUACUACGAAGGUUGGAGAAGGCGAACCGGAUCGUCCCCCCUCCCCAAUGGAGGUAGAAGCGAAAUCCGAAAUGGAGAAAAAAGAAGACUGAACGAAUUGUUGCAUUGUUAAUUAUUUAAUUAUAAUAAAUGUCUGCUGAUAAUUAAUAGUUACGAACAAUCGAUUUAACUCGGCUGAAAAUGUUGAUUUGUUUUUAAUAAAGCGCCGUAUGAUGUUGGUCUUAUGAAUACAGAAAUUUUUUAAAAGCAGUUAAGUAAGUAAAAUUAACUUUGCGCUAGAAUCAUUUAUAACAUCCAAACUAAAAAAAUAUUUAGAACCUUUAUAAUUUUGUUAAUAGCUGUUUAAUAAAAAAUAAGUUAUCUCUAUAGGAAUAUCGCGUAAUAGCAAAAUUAUCUGUCCCUUUCAUACUUGAUUUGGAUGUUUCGAAUAUGACAAUUAUAUACAAGUAUAUCGCUAAGCGUUUAUUAACAGGAGUUUUAAUAAUAAUAAUAAAGGCUUAGAACUCGCUUUAAAAUAUGGUGUUCAUAAUAUAAGCAAUCUGUG